AUGACGCGCGUGCUGCGCUGCCUUUCCAGACGUAAGCCCAGCCCAGGUAUCUGCGAGCUAGUUGCGCAGAGGUUGGUUCUGCCACACGGCGUGUACCGCUCCCCGCGCCCGGCCGUGCGCAUCGAGUCCGACCCGGGCCUCUCCCUCACCGACCUCCUCUUCCGUCGCGCCGACGCGUGCCCCUCCGCGCUCGCGCUGGCCGCCGCCGCCACCGGCCAAGCCCUCACCUUCUCCGCCUUCCGCUCCGCCGUCCUCACCAUGGCCGUCGCUCUCGCCUCGCGCGCGGGCGUCCGACCAGGUGACGUCGUCCUACUCCUCGCACCCAACUGCGUCCUUUACCCCAUCUGCUUCUUCGCCGUCAUUGCCCUCGGCGCCGUCGCCACCACGGCCAAUCCCCUCUAUACCCCAAGGGAAAUCGCCAAGCAGGUCACAGACUCCCACGCCAAGCUCGCCAUCACAGUGUCUGAGUUGCUCCCAAAAAUCGCGGAGCUCCGCCUCCCCACCAUACUGCUCGACGGCGACGCAGCCAGCGCCACCGCUUCCAUGCCUCCAGGCGCCAGCGUCACGCUCUACUCUGACCUCAUUGCUGGGGCGCAGGAGACGGAGUACCGCCGCCCGCCGACGAAGCAGAGCGACACGGCCGCGCUGCUGUACUCGUCGGGCACGACGGGGGCGAGCAAGGGCGUCAUCCUGACGCACCGCAACUUCAUAUCGGCGGCGCCCAUGAUAACAGCGGAUCAGGACGCGCACGGAGAAGGGCCCAACGUCUUCCUCUGCUUCCUGCCCAUGUUCCACAUCUUCGGCUUGUCCGUCAUCAUAUUCGCGCAGAUGCAGCGCGGCAACGCCGUCGUCGCGAUGUUCAUGCCGCAGUUCAACAUGGACUUUGUGAUGGCCGCCGUGCAGCGGCACCGUGUCACGCACCUCUUCUGCGUGCCGCCGGUCAUGAUCGCGCUCGCCAAGAUCGGGAGGGCCGAGAGAGUGUUUGGAUCCUAA